UUAAGAAAAAAAUAUUGCAAAGUCUUAGGACGUUUAGGCGACGUUCGGAAGCGAAGCAAUCAAUAAAUGACUUAAAUGUGACGGUCGAUAGUUCAGAUCAUUUAAGUGGACACAGCACUGUGUCAUUUGAAAGGGAACAAUCUCUUCUAUCACAUAAAUUUAAUAUUAGCUCUUCAGCUUCUUCUUGGCGAUCGCAAAAUGAAAGUACUGAUACUGAUUUAUCCAUUACAUCCGCGGCUACUAUGCCAAUAAUGCAUACCAAAGAAAGAAAAUUUACCUCCUCGGAAACUACUUCUUUACACGAAUCUCGUUCUCGCAACCACAUAUCUCCACUGUCAAAUAACCGUCUUUACCGCAAUAAUAUGG